UAUGGACAGACUCGUCACAGCUAUAUAAGGUCACCAGUCAUUUUUGUUUCUAGGGUUUUGCUGCCUCCAUUUUCAUCGCUUCGCUCAGACUCAGACAGAAACAGAGCGAAAAUGAAGACCAUUCUCUCGUCGGAGACUAUGGAUAUCCCAGACGGCGUAAAAAUCAAGAUAAACGCCAAGAUCAUCGAGGUGGAGGGUCCGCGCGGUAAACUCAUUCGCAACUUCAAGCACCUCAAUCUAGACUUUGAUCUCAUUACUGAUGAGGCCACUGGCAAGCGAAAGCUGAAGAUUGAGGCCUGGUUCGGAUCCCGGAAGACAUCGGCUGCUAUCCGUACUGCUCUCAGCCACGUCGAGAACCUCAUCACCGGCGUCACCAAGGGCUACCGUUACAAGAUGAGGUUCGUGUACGCUCACUUCCCCAUCAACGCUAGCAUCACCAACGCUAACAAGUCCAUCGAGAUCCGUAAUUUUUUGGGUGAAAAGAAGGUAAGAAAAGUGGACAUGCUUGAUGGAGUGUCCAUUCUCCGUUCCGAAAAGGUCAAGGAUGAACUAGUUUUAGAUGGGAAUGACAUUGAACUCGUUUCUCGGUCUUGUGCCUUGAUAAACCAGAAAUGUCAUGUGAAGAACAAGGAUAUCCGGAAGUUUCUUGAUGGUAUCUAUGUCAGUGAGAAGGGAACCAUCCUUGAGGAGGAGUAAUUGCCGGUGGGAUAGAAAUAUUGUCCUAGUUUUUUAUUUGGUAUUUUUCUUUUAGGCCUUUUGUUCGCAUUUUAUAAACUUUGAGCAUAACAUUAUGAGCCUGUUUGGAAUUUGAUCUGCAAUUUUGUGUUGUGAAA